CGUUCGUUUGCCUCCGUAGCUUGUCUCCUCUGGCUGGCUGACUCCCGUGGCAUCUCCUUUGGUCGAGGACCAUCGAGGACAACGGCAAUGGAGGAUAUUUCCGAAUCCGUCUCUUUGCCACGAAAGCGCGACCUGACAUUCUACCUCGUCUUGUUCUUCUUCGUCGGGCCCAUUUGGAGCGUUGUCCCUGCAUCUUGGGCAUAUGUCGCGUACAGUGUGAUACAUUGGAGAGUUCUUGAUUAUUCUACCACCGAAUUCUCCGUAUUCACGCUUGCGGUUUGCGAGGUGGCGUUCAGCGUGUAUUAUUAUCUUCUUAUACGAAAAAUAUCCGGACCAUCCACAAUUACUCCCGCUGAUGUAUUUGAGCUACAACAAGCCUUCCGACGCGUCCUUCAGUCCGGCCUCAUUCCUCUCCCCGAAGACGGUGGCGACGAGGAAUACAAUGCAACUGACAGGCCAGGGAGUCCCGAUGCGGUAAUCGAGAAACUCAAACGUGACGACUCGAGGGCAAUCGACUUUAGAGAUAGACUUCGAACAUGGUUUAAGAAAGUCCCAUGGUCAAGGGUACGCCGCGAGAAUUUUCGGCAAUGGUUAUACUGGUCGACUUUCAACGCUGCUCUUCCGGCUCAUGGAAGAAUUCCCGAUACUCACAAAACUCUGCUCGAUGAAGCUACGGAGUUACUUGAAAAACGAAUUGGAUGCACCGUUCCCGACGGGUACGAUCCGUCAGUUCAGGUGCUUCGUCUCACCGUUGAUCCCGUGAACGUGCUUCCACGUCCGCUUGGCUGGUACCUCUUCGUGAAAGCUAUUAACAUGUAUAUUCGCUCGGUAUACGAGUCGAGGUACGGUCUGGUUUACGGAAAGUUCAGGGAUCUAGAGUAUUUGCUUAGAGUUCCGUCUGGUUAUACCCGGGCCACAGGACCCGAUCCGAUUGUCUUUCUUCAUGGUCUUGGACUUGGCAUCUGGCAAUAUCAGAGGGUGUUGCGACAUAUACUAGAAGAACUCCCUGAUACUCCAAUUAUGAUACCCAUUCAGCCACCGAUAUCUCAGAAUAUAUUUCACCCACGGUUUUUGCGGCCCAUGCUUCGUCACGAAAAAGUGGCUUGCCUAGCCGGGGCUAUCGACAGGUUAGGUUGGGCAGGACCUUCUGUUCACGAAAAGUAUGGCGUGACGAUGUUGAGCCAUUCAAAUGGUUCUUACGCCCACGCAUGGAUGCUAAAAGCUUUUCCACAAAUAAUUAAGCGAUCUUGCUUUGUCGACCCGGUUACGUUCUGUUCUUGGGAAGGAGAUGUCUGCUAUAAUUUUGUUUAUCGUCCAUGCGCGAGCGGCCUUGAGCUUAUCGUUCGCUAUUUUGUUGGAACGGAAUUGGGGGUCGCUAAUUUACUUCAGCGACAUUUCGACUGGCUAAGUAAUACCCUUUGGUUCGAGGAAAUUCCAAACGCCCGUGACCCGUCUCGCACCCUGUUCUUGCUCGGUGGGAAAGAUGCCAUCCUUGAUGCCGAGCGUGUCAAAAAGUAUCUCAAAUCUCACGGAGUCAAGGAAGGUCUUUGGUAUGAUCCUAAUGGCCGUCACGGACAAGCACUACUUGUAGGCGAACGAGGUAUCAGCAAGGUCAUUGACUGGAUAAAGGACUUCAAAUACAAGAACUAGAAUUCGUGGUCAUUAAUCGUUGCUUAAAAUUUUUAGACGUAAUCUCACUUAAACCCUCGGUUUCUAUUGUAUCCCCGUAUUCCCAUAUACCUUCUGUUUCAUUUUCGUAUAUCCGCACGGCUUGUAAUAUACCCUAAGUCGUUAUCGCAUAC